GGGAGCGGCGGCGGCAACUUCCCGUCAAGUGUGGCUAUGCGACCCGGCUGAGCGCUGGCCCGGGAGGGGCGGGCAGGGCUAGCACCGCCACCACCGGCAGCAGCCACCGCCACCGCCGCAGCCCGGCAGCCGCCCGCCCGCCUCCCCAUCCCCGCUGCCCUCCCCCGGGCGGGGCGGGACCCGCGGCGGCCGUCCCAUGUCCCGCAAGGCCAGCGACAAUGUGGAGUACACGCUGCGGAGCCUGAGCAACCUGAUGGGCGAGAAGCGGCGGCGGCAGCAGGCGGAGGGAGCCGCCGGCUCGGCGGCGGCGGCGGCGGCUGCGGGCGAGCGGAGCCUGAUCGCCGCCGAGUCGUGCUCCAGCCUCAACAGCGCGGCGUCGGGCGCCGAGCUGGAGCGGGCGGCUCGGCGGCAGUUCCAGCAGGACGAGACCCCCGGCUUCGUCUACGUGGUGUCGGUCUUCUCCGCCCUGGGGGGCUUCCUUUUCGGCUACGACACCGGCGUGGUGUCGGGGGCCCUGCUGCUCCUCAAGCGGGAGCUCAACCUGGACGCCCUGUGGCAGGAGCUGCUCGUCUCCAGCACGGUGGGCGCCGCCGCUCUCUCCGCCCUGGCUGGCGGCGUCCUCAACGGGCUGUGCGGCCGCCGGCCCUGCAUCCUGCUGGCCAGCGGCCUCUUCACGGCGGGGGCCGGCGUGCUGGCAGCCGCCCGCGACAAGGAGACCCUGCUGGGGGGACGAGUGGUGGUGGGACUGGGCAUCGGUGUAGCAUCUAUGACAGUGCCCGUGUACAUCGCAGAAGUUGCUCCUCCACACUUAAGAGGCAGAUUAGUCACCAUUAACACUCUGUUCAUCACCGGAGGGCAAUUUUUCGCAAGUGUCGUGGACGGAAUCUUCAGCUACCUCGCGAAGGACGGAUGGAGGUACAUGCUGGGGCUUUCAGCUGUGCCGGCAGUUAUACAGUUUUUUGGUUUCCUGUUUCUUCCUGAAAGUCCCCGAUGGUUGAUACAGAAAGGCCAGACUCAGAGAGCACGGAGGAUUCUGUCUCAGAUGCGUGGAAACCAGGCAAUCGAUGAGGAGUAUGACAGCAUCAAAAACAACAUUGAAGAAGAAGAAAAAGAAGUUGGAGCAGCUGGACCUGUGAUCUGCAGAAUGCUAACAUACCCUCCAACUCGAAGAGCCUUAAUUGUGGGUUGUGGUCUGCAGAUGUUUCAACAGCUGUCAGGGAUUAACACCGUCAUGUACUAUAGUGCUACCAUUUUGCAGAUGUCGGGAGUUCAAGACGACAGGCUGGCGAUCUGGCUGGCCGCCCUCACAGCCUUUAUAAACUUCAUUUUCACUCUCGUGGGAGUCUGGCUUGUUGAAAGGAUGGGUCGCCGGAAACUCACACUUGGCAGCUUAACAGGUACUGCUGUAGCACUCAUUAUCCUAGCUUCGGGAUUUUUGCUAUCAGCUCAGGUCUCGCCAAGAGUCACGCUUAAUCCACCAGAUCCUUCACAUCAAAACUCUACCUGCACAAAAUACAGUUAUUGUAAUGGAUGUAUGUUAGAUCCAGACUGUGGUCUCUGCUACAAAUUGAAUAAAUCAAGUGUUGUCGAGUCCUCGUGCAUCCCUGUUGAUAAAGAUUCUACAAUGAAAGCAGCUUGGGGCAGGUGUUCGAAUGAAACUGUAUUCAAAAAGGAAGAUUUGUUUUGGGCAUACAAUUUCUGCCCCACUCCAUACUCUUGGACUGCACUUCUGGGCCUUAUUUUGUACUUGAUUUUCUUUGCACCUGGGAUGGGUCCCAUGCCCUGGACUGUCAAUUCUGAAAUCUACCCACUUUGGGCUAGAAGUACAGGAAACGCAUGUUCAUCUGGAGUCAACUGGGUUUUCAACGUGCUCGUGUCACUGACCUUUCUGCAUACAGCUGAAUAUCUGACAUACUAUGGAGCCUUCUUCCUCUACGCAGGGUUUGCCGGCUUGGGACUCGUUUUCAUCUAUGGCUGCCUUCCUGAGACUAAAGGGAAAAAACUAGAGGAAAUUGAAUCUUUGUUUGAAAACAGGCUAUGUACAUGUGGUAUGUCAGAUUCUGAUGAAGGGAGGUAUAUUGAGUAUAUUCGGGUGAAGGGAAGUAAUUACCAUCUUUCUGACAAUGAUGCUUCUGAUGUGGAAUAAUUUUCAGCUGCUGAUGUAUUUAAUCAUUUAAAAGCCUUCUGGGGGAAAAGCAGCUCUCUGGUGACCUCACUGCCCUGCUUCUGGUCUGGUUCUCCUUUCUACUGUCUAGUUAAAAAUGCCUUCAUGUUCAAAAAUGCUCCAUUUGGGAGGAAAUCAAUAUGCUCAUGUUUUCUUGAUAACGAAAAGCAAUGGCUUCCAAAAGAGACUAAAUUCCACGAUUAUAUAAAUAAACCAGGUGUGUGCAAUCCCACACCAUCACAAGGUAUUUUGUACAGUGCACUGUACCAGGUGAAUACAGAAGGCUAUAUAGGUGAUCAGUGGUCGUCCUUAUCUUCAAUACUGACAAAAAUUAAAAUAAUGCAGUAACUAAUCAGAAAGCAGCCGACAUCUGUCCGAUCCCCAUUCCCAUAGCAGCCUAGCAAAUAGCUCUGCUAUGUAACGCAAUGAACGAUGCUGCUGUAAUGGUAACCAUUUAAAAGGUUUAUCUGAUCAUGAAACUACAAAUAUCUGAUGUGUCUAUCAGAGGGAACAUUGCCCAAAUUUACCCCGCCAGAAUUGCGUUUGUGUUUACUUGAGAUAACGAGUAGAGAGCCAUAGUCACCUAGGUGGUGUCUAACUAGGGUGGCAUUGAGGCUGUGUUAUCCCAGGCCGUCCGGCCACUGCUGCUCUUUGAGGACACACUACGAUCAGUAGUUGGUGUUUGUGAGAUACACUGCCAAAAAUAACAUCCUGGUAGCAGGAAAACAGAACUAAGCAUGUGGCCGCAUGUACAAAUGAGCUGGUGCAUAUUGCUAUGGACAACACAGAGGCUGCAGUUAGUUGGAAAUGAAUGAUUUUUGUUUUACUUUUUUGCAUUUGAACAUUUGGGUUUGUGCCUAGGUUUGAACACAAAAUAUCAUGAGCUAAAAGAAAUAAAAGGAGGGGAGAGGUUUUCUGCUGCAAAAUGCACAGUGGUCAUCCCUCCUGUGCCUUUUGCUCAUGAAUAAUCAUAUUGCCUUCAGUUUAUCUUCAUGUAUGCAGAAUAAGUGAAUCCCAGCACAUUUUUCCUUCAAAUGCCCUUAGUCAACCAGUGUCUUGCUGGAUCUAAAGAAAAAUAUUCGUGUUGGGCAGAAGCCUACAUCUCAUAUUAAUUGCCUUACUGAAGCAUUGCAAAACUGUCAAGAAAAUGUCAGGCACAAAAAUCAACUUGGCUGCCUUUAGCAUGGUAAUGAAAAUAUUAAUGGCGUUUUAUUCACCUGCCAUGAUUGCUUGCCUUGGCAAAUUGAAUUUUAUGCAGCUACAUAAAAAUAUUGGUUUUUUCCUUCUCCUGUUUCCUUUCACUGUUUUAAUUCUUCAGAGAAAUGAGUUUGAAAGCAUCGAAAACUCAAUUUUUUAUCUUUGAAACAUUUGCUUCAUGAAAGAAUGUGGAAAGCCUCCUCUGCCUGUGGGCUGCUCCCCAUUUAUUUGGUAAAAAUACCUUUAUUUUUAUUUUUUUAAAGAUUAAAUUGUUGGGUUCGCUAGCUUUUAUAGAUAUGUUUUUUGCACUUUUUAGGGUUGAAAAAUAUUUUGAGGGUAGGAGUACUGUCAAAAUGAAACUGGACAUUUGUUACUAAGUUAUUUUUAUUGGGUAAUAUGUGGGGUUUCAUUGUAAUGACGAAGUCUGACACUACGCUAUCUGAUCUUAUACGGGGGGGUUUCUUACUCGAAUUAUUGAACUCCAGUGAUUGGAUAUAUUUUAGGUUUAUUUCUUUUUUACUUUGUUUAUCACAGAAGUAUUUUUAGAAAGAGAACAUUUUAGAGCAUCCUUCUGUAACUUGACUGGGAAUAAAAGGGGAAAGCAUAGCAGGCAGAGGGAACUGCAAAUGAGUUGUUGCGAGGAGCUGACUGACCUUGAACCUCCCCUCCCCUUGGCGGCAAGGGGGCUGCACUUCGAAGCCCUCGAUCUUCCCUCUCCCAUAAGCGCACAGUGCUUCGCGCCUUGUACGCACUCUUCAGAGCCUCCACCAAAGGUGCAGUACCUAACACGAGAAAAGGGAUGCUUGGCACAGACAAAAAAAAAAUCAGGGUGAAUUCAGGGUGAAAAAACAUGUGCUGGAAGACCCUUCUUCAGAGCAGUUUUAUUGUCCAGCACAGCACGUGAAGAGGUGUUUAAUGCCCUCCCUGUGCUCACCUGGUUUCCUACACAGAGGCAGAUUUCAGUGGGCAUUUACUGGCGUUUCAGAAGAGGGCCUUACAGCUCUGAUCCCCCAAAAUGACCCCACGCUCACGGUGCAGGUCCCUUGGUGGAAGUGGUUUGCGCUCCCGGUUCCAGCGCUUACCCCUGCUCAGCUGUGCUCGUGUCCACAGGCAGAGGAAACCACGGCAUUUCCGUGGCAUAACUGAAACAAAGUCCCUAUAAAGAUUGCUGGCACAAGAUCAGCCUCUUUUUAUUUCUUUCAGGCAGUGCUGGGGCUUUUUAACAGUAGCAGACCAUCUUUCUUUGCCAGCAUUGUUCCACAGAUGUUCUCAAAAGUAGCAUGUAAUUGUGUGCGGCGCUAGGCUCAUUUUCUCACACCAGAUCAGUCUCACUGGAAGCAGUUUUCUGAAAUUUUGCAUCCCGUGCCCUUUUUCUGGAGGCAAAGCGAUUGAAACACAACCAUUUUGUUCAUCGUUGCUACUGGUUAUGAAGGUGCAAAAAAUAUCGGCUUCUUCGCUGUCACCCACCCUUUUCCACCUGCAAAGAGUUGGGUUUAAGUCUUCCUCCUAGGGUUGUGUCCUGGUUUUGGCUGGUUCCAGCGACUAGGAAGAAAAUUAACUCUAUCCCAGCCAAAAGCAGGACAACAAAGGUUGCUUUACACAAAGAAAACAUUCCACACCUUAGAAAUACCCAACCUGGCACCAAGCAUUAUGUAUCAUAAAAAUGAGGUCAAAUACUUGAAAUUAAUCUUACACAAUUAGGGUUUUAUUUUUAGAAUCUGUGAACAUUUAUAACGUAUGAAGAAAAUUAAAUAAAUGUUUCUAUUUUGCAAAGAUUUUUUAUAUUUGUGCAUAUUUUAAGUUUGAAGAGAUUUGGCUAGGGGUAGACAUAGUAACGUUCCAGACAAAAGAAUAAAAAGCUGAAUAAUUUCUUAAAUUUAUGAAGUAGCAUAAAUAAUGUGUCUAAGCACAGUAUCAUUCUAUUGAAAGCUUUCUGCAGAAGAUGUGAAAUGGUUUCUUCACAAGGACUGCACAUUUCAUUCAGGUAUUCUGUGCAUCAGGAGUGCUAGCUUAAUGAUGCUGGUAGAGCUUUGCGUGAAUCCCGUCUUGGUUAUGCACAGCAAUUUGAGAUAUUUUAGUAGUUCUGAUUCUUUACAAGUUUUGGCCUAAGAGAAGUAUAAAAGAAACAAUUCCUGAUGCACUUUUAAUCUUUUUAAAUUUAAUUCGCCUAUACUUGUUUAUUAACCAUGUUGAAAUCGUUAAGUGCUGGGGGGGGUGGUGAGGUAAUUUGCAACUAGUUUCUUCCCCUUGUCACUUUGUUGAUCAAAAUCAGGCUUUAAAAGGCGGAACAAACCUGUUUUGAAAAUAAACAUAACACAAAGCAAGCCCCUAGGACUCAUUCGGAGGGCUGAAGUUGCACUGUUGCAUGCACCUCAGAUUGCUCCCAAACAUUUGCAACCCAGCGAGCUGCCGUGACAGCCCUGUCAGACAUUUUGUGACAAGAGAGAGGAUAUGUCCUAAGGAACAUUGUUCCAGAGCUGACUUAUUUUUGCAUGAGUUGGAAAAAGCAGCAUUUCACCAGUGUGGGAGUUAGGUAGGGAGUGGGGAAGGAAGAAAUGAUGCAUUGACAGCUCCACAAAGUCACGUUUCAGUAGGGAUAGGUGUCAGAGCCGAAAGGAGCCAUCGGUGACCUCCCUCCUGUGAGACAGAAGGACUGUGGGACCCAGAGGUGGGGCCUGGAGAGCAGGUGCUCGGCACAGGUGGUCCUGUGGAUGGGAACCGGGGACGGGCAGACCAAGAGGAGGAAGCUCCCUGCAAUGUGGUGAGGACAUGGCAAUAGAGUUUGCAAAGCUAAUGCUUUGUUUCCUUUGUGAAAUCUCUUUUGCCCUUUCAAGUCCUCCAGUUGGGCCUGGGGAGAAGGUUUGACGUUGAGGGCAGCUGCAAGGCCCCGGCCCUGAGCGAGGGUCUUCCUUUUGGACACGAGGGUGUUGGGUGCUGUCCCACAGGUGUGCAGUGGGCUAAUUAAAGCUAGACCUUGUGCUCCUCAGCUUUAUACCCAACUUCCCACGUCUCAGCGUUAACACUACACCAACAUGGUUGUCUGGAAAUUCUACUUGGACUUAGCGAAGAGGCUCUGUUAGCCAAACAUUGCUAAGGAAGGAAGAGGCAGAGUCUUUGUUGUACAGAAGUCUCAGAGUAGAAAUAAAGACAGAAGAGAGGGUUCUGCAAAGCACUUUAAAGAGUAAGAUAUCUGUGCACUUUUUCAGAGGUAGUCAAGCUAACCAAAACCCAUUCCUCUGCAUUGGGAAGAAAAUAGAGCUUUGUGUACCAGGCCAGAAGCAGAUAAUUCCACAAUAUGUGCUUUAUGGCAAAAUGUGUUUUUAUUGCGGGUAACAUUUACAGCUUACAUGUAGCUGCUGCCUAUCAAGUGACUCGAUUGUUCUCUGGAUUUUAACAAGUCACAUUUUUGUGCAAAAAUCUUAGUGGUUUUCUAUCGAUCUUCAUCGCCUUGUGUACAGUACAGUUAAGCAUAAUCCACAAAGUGGUCUAGGUUGUGGCAGUGUUAAAAAUGUCAGCACAGUAAAAUCUAGGUGAACAUUGUUAAAGAAAUAUUGUUGUUUGUGAUACUGGGGGUAAAAACUCCUUAAAGGCAACUAUAUUAUAGAUUUUAAAAGUCUGAAAAAAAAUGGCAGUUCUUAUCUAUUUUGUGUAUGUUUUCAUAUAGAGGAGGAGUUUUUUAUGUGCCAAUAACCAUCACUGUAGUGUUUUGUAAAUGGGUGUUAAUGGUGUUCCAGAGUUCUGUAUAUGAGCAUAUACUUUAGCCACGAUGACCUGUUAGUGUGAACCAGUGGCAUGUUUUCAAUCUUAUCCAUGCCUCUCCUUGGAGGCGUUCACUUGUCAGCUUCAGUAGAGCUCAUGCACACCAGGGGAAGCUGGACCAGAAUCAGGCCUCAAGAACCCAGAGAUCACCCAGAUCCCUCACGUUGUUCCUACUCGGUGUGUUACAUCUGAAUGACCUGGUAUGUGUAAUUAUAAAGCUUCAGCUAUGGUUCAGUUACACUCCUCAGUCCCGCUAAGAUACAAUUUUUCAAAAUUUGGUUUUCCAUUUCAUCGCAUUUGUAUAAAUAAGGGGAGCGCUGAUUAAUUAUGAAUAAUGUCCACGUAUUUCUAAAGCAAACACCAGUUUAACAUCAGCAUUAAAAUAAAGGCAAAUUUCUCUUGCUGCCUUAAACAUUACACAGACUUCGGAGAGGACUGAAUGUAUGACUUCUGCAGGAGAAACUUCAUCUGGCAGGCAGGAUGCUCGGCAGGGGGAGAAGCGCUGUGGUUCUGUGGUGCUGGGGCUCCAGCCUCAGCUUACACCACAGCUCCUGCCUAGCACACGCCUGCCAUCUGUGCGGUGUUAAGCAUUCAAGUAGCGCCCGUGAAAUUGUUAGGAUUAUUAUUCUUGAAAUUCUUCAUGUGCUCGAGUGUCCUGCUGGUCCAGGGCAUAGCUGGGAAUUGGCAUGAGUUGUGUGUCCGCUUUUCAUCUGGAGUCUCACAACCCUACAAAAGCAUCAACCGGAUCUUUCUGCAGCAAAUUCUAUUUAAGGUUUUUGGGGACAUUAUUGGAGACCAAAUUGAUAGAAAUAAAUACUUUUGUGUUCAGUAAUAACAUGCAUAUGGUGCCAUCAGGACACAUGGUAUGGUGUUCAGUACAAAACAGGUUUUGGCAAAACUAAUUGUCAGGUUGUCCAAGUUAUUUCUUAACAAUGUCAAGCGUGCCAUUUCCUUUUGCAACCAGUCAAGCCUAUAAUGUAUGAAAGUGUUGUACAUUUUCUGAAACUUCAGUGAUGUAUGAUUAUUUAAUUGACCUCUGUUCUGAUUGCUUUAAUGAAGUUUGGUCUUUACAUAAAAGUAAAUAUCUUCAAAGAAUUGUCAGUGCCAGAAGUGUAAAUGAACAAAAUAAAAGGUGAGAUACUUAAUUAC